UCCACCAAACAUCCCACAAACUUCACUCAUCUCAAUUCUCCAUAUACCCAAACCCUCAACCACCCAAAAACACCCACCCACCUCAAGUCAGGUCUACCGCCAAAAUGACAGCCCCAACCACAACCCCAAACCUAACACUCUACGACAUCGCCUUCAAACCCCCCGUAGAAAGCACAACCUGCGCCCCCAACCCCUGGAAAUCCCGCUACGCGCUGAACUUCAAAUCCAUUCCCUACAAAACCGUCUGGGUGCCUCUCCCGGACAUCGCCUCCGUCCGCCGCUCGCUCAACGUCCCCGCCUCGCGCAAUUUCGCAGACGGGAAGGACUUUCACACCCUGCCUGUUCUCACGGACGCCUCUAUCAAGGAUUGCGCGCCUAUCGGGGACUCCUUCGACAUCGCUAUCCACCUGCAAACGCACUAUCCAGACGCUGGGCCCAGCGAUAACACCGCCAACAACAAUCUCUUCCCAGCAGACACCCCACUGGACUUCAGCUACAGCACGGGCCAAGAAUUCUACGCGCCGCUCAGCAAGCGCAGCGAGUCAGAUCCCGUGUUGGCUGCGUAUGCGCGGUUCAACACGCACGUCGACGCGGCGUUCAGCGCGCACGUGCAGCUCGCUAUCCACGGCAUGCCGCUUGAUCCGGCGACCGCGGAGGAAACGAAGGCUGAGUUUUUGAGGCGGGCUGGGAUGGACGAUUGGGAGGCGCUUGGGGUGAAGGGGGAGGCGAGGCGGCCGUUGAUGGAGUCGUUUAGGGGGGCGUUGGAGGGGUUGGCGAAGCUGUGGGGGGAGAAUGAUGGGCCGUUUGUUAGGGGGGAGGAGGCUUGUUAUGCGGAUUUUAUUGUAGGGGGGUGGUUGAGGAUGAUGGGGGGGAUGUUGCCUGGUGAUGAGUGGGAGGAGGUGAAGGGGUGGUUUGGGGGGUUUUUGGGAGGUUGGAUGGGGCGUUGGGCGGUUUGGGGAGGUUGUUUGAUUUAUCUUUUAUGGGGAGGGGAUGGUGAAUGGAAGGGAAGGUGGAAUGGUGGAAUGGAUUGUGGGUGA